AAAAUUAGGCAAACGGAGGAAAGAAAAACCCUUCUCCGACUCUCUGUCUAAAACCCUUCUCGUGUGCUGUUCUUCUUUCGCAUUUUUCCCAGCUCAUCUUUUUCUCCAUUCUUGCUCUCGUUUUUCGCUCCGUCAAGCGGUCUAGAAAAUGAAUUUGAAGAAUGUCAAUGUUCCGAAGAUGCCUGGUGGAGGUGCAGCUUCUGCUUUAAUCAAGCUGGGAGUUGUUGCGGGUCUCGGCAUUUAUGGACUUUCUAACAGUCUCUACAAUGUUGAGGGAGGGCAUCGCGCCAUUGUUUUCAACCGUGUUGUCGGAAUCAAGGAUAAGGUGUAUCCUGAAGGAACACAUUUUAUGAUCCCAUGGUUUGAAAGGCCAGUCAUUUAUGAUGUUAGGGCACGACCACAUCUUGUUGAGAGCACGUCAGGCAGUCGUGACCUUCAGAUGGUAAAAAUUGGUCUUCGGGUUCUCACCCGUCCCGUGCCAGAUCAGUUACCUACUAUUUAUAGAACCCUUGGUGAAAACUACAACGAGAGAGUCUUGCCUUCAAUCAUUCAUGAGACUCUUAAAGCUGUGGUAGCCCAGUACAAUGCUAGCCAACUUAUCACCCAAAGAGAAAAUGUGAGUAGGCAAAUACGGAAGAUAUUGACCGAUAGAGCCGCCUACUUCAACAUUGCAUUGGAUGAUGUGUCAAUUACCAGCUUGACCUUUGGAAAGGAAUUCACUGCUGCAAUUGAAGCUAAACAAAUAGCUGCCCAAGAGGCUGAGAGGGCCAAGUUCGUCGUUGAGAAGGCUGAGCAAGACAAACGAAGUGCAAUAAUCAGAGCUCAGGGAGAGGCUAAGAGUGCCCAACUGAUCGGUCAAGCUAUCGCCAACAAUCCAGCAUUUAUAACACUUAGGAGAAUCGAAGCAUCUAAGGAAAUUUCACACACUAUUGCAGCUUCAAGCAACAAGGUGUACUUGAACUCCGACGAGUUGUUGCUAAACCUCCAUGAGCUCAAUCCCCCUAAGAAGUGAACAGUGCAGAUGGCUCAGAUGUCUUUCUUAAUUUGAGUUAUUAGCGACACAAAUCUGGCAAUCUCUCUUCCUAUUAGACUCUGAAGAAAAGCAUUGGAUUGAACUUUCUUGGCUAAGUUAUCAUUUAAUAAUAUCCUGCUGCCUCCUUAAUUUAUCUUCCUAUGUGAUGGUGUUUGGUACGCAAACUUCGAUAUUUUCUUGUAUACUCUACUGAAGUUUUAUUACAUCAAAAUUCAAAUCCUCCA